UGAUCGUGUUACAUUCUUCAAUUCUAUGUUGCAGACGACAAUUCUGGAUGGACGCUCGGGGAAGCCAUUGAUUAGUCCCGCCAUUAAAGACACAGUCGGAGCCAUUUCUUCACCCUUAACGAUCAGCAUGGAAGGGUUCGGUAACGACCUCUUUCUGUUCUGGGUGGCUGACUGCUUGGGGCAUGAAGGCGAAAGAACGGAAUUCGCCUUUGUAAAAGGAACUAACGUUCACAAAAAGAGCCGAGCAGAUUUCUGUCGAAUGCGAUUCAAAACGAAAGGUUAUGCCAAGUUGUACGCCACGAGUCAACACAUCAAGGCCCCGGGAAAGACACUCUAUUACUCAGAAGAACGAAGCAAAGACGAACACAAAGCGUGGGUAAACACGACGGAGGAAGUUGUGAAGUUCAUCAGCAGCUCCCCAGAGUAUCUGGACGACUAUCUCUACUAUCUUUCACUCACCGUCCCUGUGAACUUUGGGGAAGAAGAUCAGAUGAAAGUGGCCGAAAAGCAGAGAAUCAUCAACGAAUAUGGACCAAUCAGUAAAGAAUCGGCCAGGAAGCAACACGGUAAGAGCGGUGAGAGUGGGUCUUCCCCGAAAAAGGGUCACGUCGAUAACCAACGGAAGUCGUCGAAGCAAAAAGGAAGUCGAUAUUAUAACAACUAUAAAAACAUUGAUGCAGCUCGGGCCCUGGGAGGAGACCGAGGUUAUUUCUUGGGUCGCGGGAUCGAUACCAGAAUGAGUAGCAACUCUAGGCCCACCAAUAAUCGAAGAAUUAUCAACGAUGCUAAUGGUGGCAAUGGCGACCGUAUCAAUGUCGAUUCUUCACAAUAUGGUGACUUUUACGACACUGCUGAUGGUGGUGGUGGUGGUGAUGAUGGUGGUGGUGGAGGUGGUGGUGUUAGUGUUGGCGCUGGUGCUGGUGCUGGAGCCAGCUAUACGGGGUUAGAUUCUUCGAGGGACUAUUCUCAGGACUCACAAGAUUAUUCUUUAUAUCCAUACCAGCAAAACUCUCAAAAUGGUCAAGACGAUACUGGAAUCCGUCAAGGUGAACUGCGACAAAAUUCGAACAUAAAUCGUUACAGAAAUUAUAGAAACCAAUACAGUGAUACAGAUCGAUACAAUUACGGCAGAAUGCGACAAAAACGAAUUGAAAGACAACCAAAAAGAAUCACUCGAUCUGACAUUACACCAGAUGGCGCAAGGAAGCGCUCGCAGAAAAAUAUCCGUCCUUCAGCAGCUGAAAACAACGUUAGUGGCAAACAUACGUUACAAGAACUGUCUAAUUUAAUUAUGAGGCGUAAAAGAGCAAUCGCUAAACAAGUAAAAGACAUUCAUACGAAUGAACAAAAUGCUUCCCAACAAGAAAGCACACUGCGAGAAAAACAAAGAAUCACCAGAGAAACUCGUUCAAAGAAGCAAAAUGAGAAAUACUCAGAAAGUAAAAUUGUAGAAAAUUUGAAAAAAUUGUUUUCUUUAAAACGAAAUCGGCGCCAUAUUGGUCCACAUGAUACGAAAGGUCUGAUGAGACUCAUAUCAACUGGUUCUUUGGUUCCGUCUAAUUUACCUCCAAACCACCCAGACUUCAACCAUUCCAUCGAUAUUGUAUUUGCUACCUAUUGGUUUUACCCAGCAGAAACGAGAAUUAUUUUACCACAAGACAAAAAGUGUAUACAACAGAGAAUGGAUGACCAAAGCAUACGCUUUGAUCAGACGAGUAAAUACUAUGGCAUGGAUGACGAUGCGUAUGAACAUGCUAUCACUGAAGAGUGUUUGCAAGUUCAUGGAAAGAAAGAACAUCACCACGAAAACUAUAAUCCGUACAAUAUACCAAUGGGACAGAUGACACUCUACAGACUUCGGAUUACAUGCACAUGUAAAGACGACCACGAGGUGAAAAACGGAACCAAGCGAUGCGCAAGAAUAUUACCCUUCAAUGAUCAACAGUGGCCGGCUUAUAUGGGAUCACGUGCUGACAGUCAUUGGUUACCAAGGCAACACAGACGGCCACAGUCACAACAUAGAAAAUAAAGAAAAAUACUAUACUGUUUUUUAAAAAAAACAAAUAUAGAG